CUCAGUUACUUCUUUGUUACGCUCUUCUGCUUCCUCCGCCGCUGCCUGCCUCCACAGCCAUACCCCUGCAUUUUGUAUCUUUUCUCAUAGAAGGUUUAGGUAUUUUGUAGAUAUAUCUGUACCCAUAUAGGAUGGCACGAGCGCUGAGAUUGGGAACUCUUAAUGACUAUGAAAGGCUAUGCAAAGCAUUUCUGGCCAUGGUUUUGGCCAUUAUGCUUCUCUUCUUUGCAGUGGAGCUAUUCCAAGACGAAGCCAUUGGUGAAGCUAGCUUGUUCUUAUCCAAGGAGAACUGCAGCACCGCCUCUCCUCGGAAGUUGCUGCAGUCUACAGAUAACGGGGAAGGAAACAGGAUGGGAACAGAAUGUUCAAAGGCAGACAUUGCUAUAUUCCAGGGCACGACAGCGCCGCUGCCUAGUGGAAUUCCGUCGUACACAGUGCAAAUUCUGAACGUUUGUGUCUCAGGCUGCAGCAUCUCCGACAUUCACGUAAGCUGCGGAUGGUUUAGCUCAGCCAGGUUGAUCAAUCCAAGAGUAUUCCGGCGACUCUACUACGAUGAUUGCCUGGUUAAUGACGGGGAGGCUCUUGGUCCCGGAGAAACCCUCUCCUUCCAGUAUUCCAAUAGCUUCCGAUACCCUCUCUCUGUCUCUUCCGUUGCUUGCUGCUAUUAAUAAAUUGCCAUCAUCUCACGUUUAAAUCUUGGUUGUUUUUCCUUUUUUUCUGGUAAUUUGAGGUUUAAAUCUUGUGAUAAUAUGUAUGUUGGGAGUACACAUGGUAGGAUAAGAAUAAAAGUUAAAAUUAACU